CCAAAUAAAGAUGGGAAAAUAGACAAUUGUCGAGCUAUCCAAAAAGUAGAUUGGAGGAUUUCUAAAACCGGAGAAUCGUGGGUGAUUUUUUGCGGUGGUUUGGCAACAGAUAGACGUACUUCUAGCUUGUCCGUGCAACAGGGUCGCGGACUGACAUUACUUGAGAUGGAGAGUCCUGUUAUUGAUUUCAUCACGAUCUGUGACACGCCAUAUAAUAGUGAUAUGCAAGAUCCGCAAGCAAUGAUUGUGUUGCUGCAGAAUGACUUAGUGUUAAUCGACUUGUUAAAGCCUGGCUUUCCUGCAUUUGAAAUUCCACAUCCGCUCAAUCUACAUGAAGCAGCUGUCACUGUAUGCUGUUACCUGGCUGAUUGUCCUUCUGAUUUAGUACCUGCAUUUUACAGCGCAGGUCGUGCUGCUUCUGGAAAUGCGGCUCAGGCAAGAUCUGAACUCAGUGAUCGCGAUUGGCCUUGCAACGGUGGCGAAUGGGCGCCAGCGUCAUGCAGCUACAGCGAAAUUAUUAUAACAGGGCAUGCCGAUGGCAGUUUGAAAUUUUGGGAUGCCAGUGCAGGCACAUUACAAGUACUUUAUAAACUUAAAACUUCCAAGGUAUUUGAACGUGCAAAAACAGCACGUGAAGAUUCUAUUGGCGUAGACCCUCUUGCAAUUCAACUAAUUUCUCUUUGUCCUGAAUCUCGAAAAUUGUGUGUUGCUUCUGCAGGAGGACAUGUUAUUUUAUUCAAAUUUAAGAAAAACGAAUCUACUAGUGUAACAACGGUUUUGGACAUAUCGAACACGGCGGACUUUUCUACAGAAGCUACGGAAAAUUCUCCAGAACGUGAAUCUGUUGGCCGUAGUAAUACAACAACAGAAGGCGAAAAAAAAGAAACUUUGCAAGUGAAAACGGGCUCCCAGAGGAAAGCACCUGGGUUUCAGUCUAUUCUUGUUUGCCAGAAUGCACAAACCACGAUAUCUGCGUUGACCAUUAAUUCUAGUUAUGGCCUAAUGGUUUAUGGAACUGAAUCUGCUCUUGUGCUUAUUGACAUAGUCCAUAAAUUGUGUUUAAUGCAUAUAUCUGUACCUGCAAUAUAUGGCUCACAAGAACUGUAUUCACGAGCUCCCCGUAGUCCGAAGAAACUGGAUGCACCCAACUCUUCACAAGAUAUUCCUCAGGCUCGCAGUCCAAGUAUUGAUCAGUCAGGAACAGAAUAUGCCGAAGAAGCCCUUGUAAGUCUUAUGGCAACGCCUCCUAAUCAAGAAGAAACGGGAGACUUUGCACCUGGUACACCGGAACCAAUUCAAGGUCGUAGGCGUUCUGUCGCAUGGAAGGCAUUUAAUCUUAAACGACAACUUUCACGGGUAGACGUUAAAAUUAAAAACACAUUUUCGGCUUCACAACAAACUUCGCAAAAACGAGGAUCUAUUUUUUACUAUAAUAGUAGUCCAGAAGAAGAUGAAGAAACUACAACUGGACGAACAAUUUUGUCCGACACGGAUGAGGAAGGUGACGUUGUCCGAUCAGCAACAGAAUCAAAUGAUGCAUCAAGUGGGCUUAGGAAAACAGCUUUGCGACCAGAUAAUUUACCAUUGAGUACCGAAGGAAGAAAGCAUUGUGGAUUCGAUAUCAAAAGAGAUGAUAGGUUUCUUUCUGUUCCUAAUAUGAAGUAUAAAUCAGAUGCUAAAAAUCUUCAAACUCAUGAUGGUGAUUCGAAGCAGAUUCAACCUUCUUUCGCCGAACACUUCAUGCGACGUUUGAGCCGUGUAGAUAAAAUGGACUCGUCGUUCUCAAGAUCGCGGUCCAGCUCAAUGUCCAGCUUGGAGAACAUGUCUACAGAGUCUGUGCAAUGUUUGGCAUUUUGUGAUUGCUACCUUAGGAAAGAUUCAUUGACGCCUACACUGUGGGUGGGUACAAGUAUCGGUUCUGUUUUUACAAUUUGUUUAACAAUUCCUGACAUGGAGAAUCGAAGAACGCAACAGGCCAGUGCUACCAUAGCAGGAGGUGGUCCGUUUCGUUUAAAUGGUGGAAUUACUACCAUUUCAUUCCUAGAUUAUACAGGUGCUUUAAUAGUUCCUCCCAGCGAACCCUGGCGGGACGAAGGAAAGGAACGACGAGAUAAAACACCGACACGAGCUUCCAGAAUGAGCCCAACGUUGGCAUCCGAUACAUUAGUGUUUAAUACUGAGCAAUUUGUAAUUUUAGUGAGCGAAAAGCAGGCUAGGGUUGUGUCGCUUCCGUCGCAGACUUGUACUUAUAGAACGCAAAUUGCCGAUGGCGAAUUUGUCGUAAAGGCUGAAGUCAUCGUAUUAAGAGAUCUUCCGUGUCUGAUUAGUUAUUUAUCUUCUGGUCAUCUGACUGCGCAUAGUUUACCUUCGCUGAGACCAUUGAUUGAUAUCGAUUUUUUACCCUUAAGUGAAUUGAGUUUCCAGACACAUUGCAAACAAGGUGCUAUUGUCGACCCAAUGCUCAGUAUUUGGGGCCAACAGCUCAUUGUAAACGAGGACACUGAUAAAAUUGCGAAAACAUUUUGCUUCAGCAACAGAGGGCAUGGUUUAUAUUUGACUUCUCCAUCGGAAUUACAGAAAUUCACAGUUUGCGCGGAAUUCUGUACCCAGCUGCCCGAGAUGAUGUGCGAGUUGUUCGUAGCAACUGAUAUGCCCGAACCGCCGAAAGAAAGUUUUUUCAAAGGCUUAUUUGGAGGUGGACCACGCCCGCUUGACCGGGAAGAACUUUUUGGCGAGUCGUCAGGAAAGGCAAACAGAUCAGUGGCGCGAGUAAUUCAGCCCGGCAAUUCUUCGACGGCCAUACAAGAUCUAGGUCAGCGGGCAACAUCGGCAUCAUCCGAAGUCAAUCGUGCCCAUCAGCUAAUGAUGGAGCGCGGCGACAAACUCUCUCAGCUAGAAGACCGCGCGGAGCGGAUGCAUAAUCAAGCACAAGAUUUUAGUUCAUCGGCGCACAAUCUAAUGCUAAAGUACAAAGAUAAAAAAUGGUACCAUCUAUGAGAUAAUGCGCUAUUCAAGACUAUACAAUUCGUUACUAAAUAUGUGUAGUUAACACGUUGAAAUGAUCAAAUUCUAUUAAGACACUAAAUCAAUGUGUGCCAGAUAUUCU